AUGAUGCGGGGUAUCAAUUUCCUCGGCGAGGACGAGAAAGUUAAGUACGAGAAAGGUCUCGCCGGCCUCUGGAAAGUGCACGACACAGCUGUUCCUGGCUCUACCCAGCAGGAGGACGCAAAGAAGAAAAUUGCCGAGUUCGGCCGGAUGCUAGUGGCCAAGCUUCACCAGCGCCGUAGCCAGCAGCAGCAACAGCAACAGCAACAACAGCACCAGCAACAACAACAGCAGCAACAACAACAGCAACAGCAGCAGCAGCAGCAGCAGCAACGCCCGCCGCAGCCCAUCCAGCAACCGGGCCAAGCCCAAGCUACGCCCCACGCGCAACCGCCUCCGACUACCCAAGGCGGCGCCGGACCCUCAGGCAACAUGGGCAAUCCCGCUUCUCAGCCACCAGCAACCGGGCAGCAAGCGAGGGGCAUGCCCGCCCAUAUCGUCAGCCAUCUGAACGACAUGCACUUUCAACCCCCGAACGGCGUCCAGGACAAGGCGAAAUGGCUGGAGGAUAUCAAAGGCAAAUACGCAAGGGCCUUGUAUUCGAUGGACAGCGCCCGCAGCACGACGAAGUCCAUCGACCAGACACUACAUGAGAAUCAGUCCAUGCCCCCCGAGGAGCGGAAAAAACUAGAAGAACGCAAGGCGCAACUUCAAAAGCAGUACACUGAGGCGAUUUCGUUCGCAAACCUCGUGCGGAAACAGUAUGGCGGCGGCAACCAGAGGCCGGCGCAGAACGGUGCCGCCGGCCCCAAUGCCGCAAAUCAAGCGCGCCCGCAAACUGCAGGAUCGCAAGGCGUAACCCAGCCUGGCUCGGGAUUGAACAACGGGACGCCGGUCGCAGCUCCCGCAAACUCGAUGCAAAACUCCACUGCUACUGUCAAUGCUGCCAUUGAGGCUGCCAAAAAACAGCAGUUAGCCGCCGGUCGCGUGCCAGGUGCGGCGAAUGCGCUGCCCACACAGCAAGGACCGCCACCACCACAACACCAGUCACAAACUCCGGCAACACCAGCACAGGCGCAACACUCUCCGGUCACCCAGGCGCCUCCCGCACAACCUGCCACUUCCCAACCGCAACCCCAACAACCCCAACAACUUCAGCAUCCAGCCCCACCGAUCAAAAUAGAACCCGGCACGCAACCCCUUCCUGCACCUCUCAAUACGGCUAUCGCAGCUGCGACAUCUGUGGGUGGAAUUCCAUCGGCCGGGACACCGACUCAGAAUUCUGCGCGCCUGCAGACCCCGCAGUCGGCGACGCCCACGACCGCGAACACCAGCAUUCGCCCUCUUACGCACGCGGCUGCCGUAAAUCUGGCGUCGCAACGGCCCGGCGCGAUCCCAGCGCCCCCCACCACCGGGCCCGGAAGCAACCCGGCGUCGGGUCUCGGCGUCAUUGGCGCAGCGCAGCAGCAGCAGCAGCAAGGGCACUCGCACGCUCACCCGCCGCAAGCGCAAACAGCGACGCUGAACUUGCAGCCCAAACUCCCAAUCGCUAAAACUCUCCACGAGAAGGCUGCCCAAAUGCCGGUUCCCGUCCCCAACAUUGGGGGGAUUGGCAACAACACCAGCCGCCCAACCUAUAGUGGCGGCGGUGGCAUCGGAGGUGGCGUUAUGAAUCAGCCCCCGUUGAACAAGGCGCCUGCCUACCAACUUGAGGGCGAGGGUGAACGCAUCCUCAACAAGAAGAAGCUAGACGAGCUCGUGCGUCAGGUCUGCGGUGGAACGGCCGAAGGCCAGGAGGGCAACCUGUUGACUCCCGAAGUGGAGGAGUCUGUCCUCACCAUGGCUGAUUCCUUCGUCGACAAUGUCCUUCACCAGGCAUGCCGCAACGCCAAGGAGCGAGGCUCCAAGGUCCUGGAGAUCCGCGACAUCCAGCUUGUACUGGAGCGUACUUACAACAUCCGCAUCCCUGGUUACUCAAGCGAGGAGUUGCGGACGGUCCGCAAGGUCCAGCCGAACAGCUCAUGGAUAAAGAAAAUGAGCGCCGUGCAGGCCGCCAAGGUUGUCCCUGGUAAGGGGGAUCUGUGACGGGUAAUUUGUUUCCCCACAAAGAUCAUCUGGUUUCCUUUUUUCUUCUUUCUUUACAACCCGGCUUUUACGGGAGUGGAGGUUACGGGGCCGGCGCAUGGGACAGGUAACAAGCCUCCGGCUCGGGAUAUGAGGUUGAGCCGGUAUCUCAUUUGCACUUGGGGAAUAUGGCGUAUGGACAAGCGGUUCUGAACGAGGAGGAUUAAAGCCCUGGAGCGAUAUCAUCGCAGUAUGGUUUGCUUGAUUCCUUUCAGCUUAGGUUUUUAUUUCUACGCGUUUAGAGGGAAUAGCACAGCUCAUAAAAU